AUGGCAACCCAGAACCAAGACCGCCUCCGAACACACUUCUCCUCGACUCCCGACAAAGAACACAACAACCGCUGGGACGACCUAUGGAGAGAUUCUACAUUCCUACCCUGGGAUCGUGGUCACGCGAACCCCGCAUUGAUUGACCUGCUGCAGGAGCGUGGUCGCCCAUUGUCGUCCCCAGACCCAAAUCCUUCACUCGGCGCACCACCACCAAAUAGCGAAUCGGCGGGUUAUGCGUCACUAGCUGGACCUUUACGAGACGAUAAGAAGAGGAGGAGGGUGCUUGUGCCGGGGUGUGGAAAGGGAUACGAUGUAGCGCUCUUCGCGGCGCAUGGAUAUGACGCUUAUGGUCUGGAGGUGUCCUCGCAUGCUGCUGAGGCUGCGAAGGGUUAUCUAAAGGACGCUGACAAGGGCCCGAUGGAAGGAGAGUACAAGGUGGCAGAUGAGAAGAUCGGUAAAGGGGUGAUGAAUGUUGUAUGUGGGGAUUUCUUUGAGGAUGGCUGGUUGGCAGAUGUAGAGGGCUGGGAGGGUGAUGAAGGAUUUGACAUUAUCUACGACAUUACAUCUACCGGCGGUGUUCUCAUUUGUCUCGAGUUCCCAACACAUAAGCCCGCAUCCUCCGGCGGCCCUCCGUGGUCGCUUCCGCCGCUUGUACACACUGAGCUGCUCAAGCAGCCAGGUGAGGAUAUCUCGUAUGACGAUCAGGGCGUGGUGAUAAAGACGGAUAGAGAGGAGACGGACAACGCGCUGGUCAAGAUCGCGCACUAUACGCCCAGGAGGACCCACGAUGCUGGCGUGAUCAAAGGUCUCGUGCGAGACUGCGUGAGUAUGUGGCGACACAAGGUAGAUUGUCCGGAGGAGCAGAGAUGGCAUUGA